UCAACUAUCACUUCUACGUUCACUAGCUUAUUUUUUAAAAAAAAAGAAAAAAAAUUACUUAUUUGUGUGUUUUUGUUGCAAUGGAGUUCUCUCGCCAAAAGCUUCCCUUCUUUUUCUUCUUCGUGUUGCUUCUCGUCACCACUGAGAUGGGUGGGAUGGUGAUGGUGGCGGAGGCGCGGCACUGCGAGUCGCAGAGCCACAGGUUCAAGGGGAUGUGCGUGCGCGGCAGCAACUGCGCCAACGUCUGCCAGACCGAGGGCUUCCCCGACGGCCUCUGCAAGACUGAAGGCAUCCACCGCCGCUGCUUCUGCCGCAAAUUCUGCUAGCUAUAGCUUGCUGGCUGCUGCUGUUCUUCUGCUGCUUCUGCUUCAUGAGCUAGCUCUUAAGUUUGAAUAAGCUUAAGUUUGUUUGGGUUUUAGUAGUAGUAGUAGUCUUGUUGUUGGAUUUCUAUCUGGUUUAUGUACUUUGACGAGUGCUUUUGAUCAUCUAUGCCAUGAAGCUUUUGAGUCAAAGAUUGUUCUUUAGUCCAAGCAUUAUGCUUAAUUGAAUCGCUGAAGUUUGGUUCCUUAUUA